GGGGUGAGGAAGCACUGAACAAUGGAUGCCCAGGAAAGAGCUGCCCUAGAUAUUUCCACCCGAAACCCCCAAGACGACUUUGAACUUCUGCUGAGAGUUGGUGGAGGGACCUAUGGAGAAGUCUAUAAGGCAAGGAACAAGGAGACAGGGAAACUGGCUGCUAUCAAAAUCGUAAAGAUGGAAGCAGAUGAUGACUGUGCCACUAUCCAGCAAGAGAUUCUGAUGGUGAAAACCUGCCAGCAUCACAACAUCGUAGCCUAUUAUGGGAGCUACAUACGGUUCAACAAGUUGUGGAUCUGCAUGGAGUUCUGUGGAGGAGGCUCUCUUCAGGAUGUCUACCAAGUCACCGGGCCCCUGACAGACGCGCAGAUUGCCUUGUGCCGAGAAACACUGCAAGGUCUGUCUUAUCUUCACAACCAGGGGAAGAUCCAUAGAGACAUCAAGGGAGCCAACGUUCUCCUCAACGACCACGGGGAAGUCAAGCUGGCGGAUUUCGGAAUCUCAGCUCAGCUCAGCGCCACCUUUGCCCGGAGAAUGUCCUUCAUAGGGACCCCCUACUGGAUGGCCCCAGAGGUGGCGGCAGUGGAACUCAAGGGCGGGUACAACGAACUGUGCGACGUUUGGUCAGUGGGGAUCACCGCUAUCGAGCUGGCGGAGCUUCAGCCCCCCCUUUUCGACGUACACCCUUUGCGGGUCCUGGUGCUGAUGACGAAGAGUGGCUACCAGCCCCCAAAGCUCAAGGAGAAAGCCCGGUGGAGCCAGGCCUUUCACCACUUUGUCAAGGUGACGCUAACCAAGAAUCCGAAGAAGCGGCCCACUGCCUCCAAGAUGCUGACCCACCAGCUAGUUUGCCAGGAAAGGCUCAGCCGCAGCCUGACCCUUGAGCUCCUGGAGAAACUGCGCAACCCUGACAAACUUUCCAGCUGCAGAGGUGAGCCGGAUGAAGAGGAACAAGAGACACCCCCACCUCCGGUGCCCCGAAGAAUUCACUCCAGCCAACGGCAGGGCGUGACCUCACCGGGAUGCACCGACUCCAGGGCCCAUGAUUGCAGCCCCACGCUCAGGAACAGGGAGAGUCCGGGGUCCCCGAACUUCACGGAAAUCUCUGCGGAUACUGGCUUUGGUACUGGCAGCCACCUCUAUGGCGCUGCAUUUGCCAGCAGGGAGGAUUCAGCAGACUCAGACCACGAUUACGAUGACGUGGAUGUACCCAGCAGAUACGAUGCAAGCAGUGACAUCUCAGCUGUCAAUCUCCCACCUCCACUGCCCCCCAAGCCCAAGCUCCGGGUCUCGCCAGACGAGACGGCGGUGGAACGAUCCAUACCGAGGUGCCCCCUCAAGCCCAUACUCCAAGGACGGUGCUCCAGUGGGCCUGUGACGGGACGGGCGCCUCACCAGGCUAUUCCAGUGGGGGCCCAGGCCUGCCACCUCAGCGCCAGAUCAGUUCCUGAACUGUGGCUGACUCCCCAGACCGACGGACCUCCCAUCCUUCCCCGCAAGCCAGAGAAGAAGCAGAAACCCCAGAGGGUGCUCUUCAAGAAGGUUUUCAAUGAGUGCCCCUUACACGUCACCUCGGCUACUGCGUGGACGCACCCAAAUAGCAACGAGCUGCACUUAAUUCUGGGGGCUGAAGAAGGGAUAUUUGCCUUGAACCGGAGCGAGGCAGAGCCCACCCUCGAACUGCUCUAUCACAGCCGCACAACUUGGGUUUACUGCAUUGGGAACGUUCUCAUGUCGCUUUCAGGCAAGGCCCCCCAACUCUUCUCCCACAACUUGCCGGGCCUGUAUGAGCAGAGCCGCCGAGACCAGCGCCCCGGGAUCUACAUUUCCCCCCACCGGCUACUCCCCAGGAAAAACAUCGUCACCACCAAGAUCCCGGAUACAAAGGGUUGCCAAAAAUGUUGCACAGCCAGGAACGCACAGACUGGCUGCUACUACCUCUGUGGGGCACUGGAGGCAGGUGUGGUGCUGUUGCAAUGGUAUGAGCCCAUGCAGAAGUUCAUGCUGGUCAAGUAUUUCGACUUCCCGCUGCCCUCGCCGCUUCCGGUCUUUGAGAUGCUGACGUCCCCCAAUGAGGAGUACCCAGUGGUCUGUAUCGGAGUGACCAAGGGCCCCCCAGGACAGGCAGUCCAGUUCCAGAUCAUCAACCUUAAUUCCCUCACUUCCUGGUUCAUCGAUGACGCCAGCGAGCCUUUGUGUACUGGCCCGGUCCAGGUGACGCAGCUGGACAGCAAGACGGUGAUGGUUCUGAUGGACAGGAGCGUCCGGUUUGUCAGCCUCGGAGGCGCGCUGCUUCCGUGCCCCCCAGAACUCUCCUUUGAUGUGGCAGUGGAGUCAGUCGCGGUGGUGCGGAACUGUGUGCACGCCUUUUGGUGCCAUGGCGUGCAGACGUGGCCUCUUGGAUCAGGACAGUUACAACAGGAAGUGCAGGAUCAGCGGUGGACUUUCCGUUCAAUAGGAACCUCCAGCACCGUCGUGUUAGAGACGCGGCCUGUGGACGAUCCGAACUCUGCCAGCAACCUCUACGUGCCAGAAUGACACUCGCCCCCCCUCCUGCCUACAAGUGGAGCAUGUGUGCCAAAACGCCCCCUGCCACCCUCUCCCUGUCUCCGACCCUCACAAGCAUGGAGAGCCUUAAAGGAGGAGAUGGGGGGUGAGUGGGUGAGAGGAGCCUGCCUGCCUCAGCACUGGUCCUCAAGGGCCACUUAGCAUUGUGUCAUUCAGGGCCACUGGGCCUGCCUUGUGGCCCCCUUCCCAACAGGCACAGAGCAACACACCAGCCUCCUUCCUGGUUUCAUGGGUCUUCCUUUUACGUAUCAC